AGUGGUUGGACCCCCCGUUACUAGAAAAUCAAUACACGUUAACAACAACCGGAACGCGUAAAUUCCGUCAGUUUGACAGUUACGUUGAUAAUAACUAUGCGGAUGGAGUAUCCAGUGCGCAGGCGCGCUCCGGGCGCCCCCCUUAUCCUAUGUGGGGCCCCUGUAAACUUUCCGGAAUCGAAAUUCUCAGACAGUCCACGUUCGGGCGUCUCUGCAAGCAGUGUGUGCUAACGGUAUUUUAACCGCGCUGCAUGUGCGUUCCGUUUGCAUAUGGCUGUGUGUCCUGCCCGUGAGUGUGUGUGAGAGGAGAAGAUAAAAAAGGAAAAUAACAGGAAAACGGGAAAAAGUAACGGGAACGUCUGCCCCAAAACAGUUGCAAAACACACUCGAGUCGUUGGCGGUGCAACAAUUUUUCGGUUGAAAAGCUGUAAUUUGAUUGGAUCAGCCUGUUCGAAUAGCAGUACUUUCAACGGUAGCAUUUUCGAGGAGCUCCAAGAACAGGAGCAGCAGAGACGUGGGAGGCACUUUACAGCAACAUGUGUGUGGCUUAAAUCGGCGUUGAGCAGCUAUAGCUACAGUAAAAACCACAACUUGAGGAAAUAGUUGGUUGGCCUUCGCUUUUGGGCCAUAAAAUGCAUUUACACUUCGAGCGCAACAUCAACACAAAAUGCGACUGCACGAUACUCUCUUUGUCCUGGAUGGGAAAGGUGCCAGAUGAUAUACCCGAGGACGAGGGCUGGAAGCUGAACCGCACCAACUACUACCAGGAGGGAUGGCUGGCCACGGGCAAUGUGCGCGGCAUUGUGGGCGUGACCUUUACGACCUCGCAUUGCCGCAAGAACAUGGACUAUCCGCUGAGGACUAACUACAACCUGCGCGGACACAGAUCGGAUGUCAUCCUGGUCAAAUGGAACGAGCCGUACCAGAAACUGGCCUCCUGCGACAGCUCGGGCAUCAUCUUUGUGUGGAUCAAGUACGAGGGCCGCUGGUCCAUCGAGCUGAUCAACGACCGGAAUACGCCGGUCACGCACUUCUCCUGGUCGCACGAUGGUCGCAUGGCCUUGAUCUGCUACCAGGAUGGCUUCGUUCUGGUGGGAUCCGUGGCCGGCCAGCGGUAUUGGUCCUCCAUGCUCAACCUGGAGUCCACAAUCACCUGCGGCAUUUGGACGCCCGACGACCAGCAGGUGUACUUCGGCACCACCCAGGGCCAGGUGAUUGUGAUGGAUGUGCACGGAGCGAUGGUGUCGCAGGUGCAGCUGUCCAACGAUGUGCCCAUCACCUCGAUGGCCUGGUCCUGCGAGAAGUUCAAGAUGGAGGAGGGCGAGGAGGCGGAGCCCGGUGUAACCAAUGCGGCCAAACGCUCCUUUGUCCUGGCAGUCAGCUUCCAGAACGGAUACAUCUACUUGCUAAAGUCGUUCGACGACGUCUCACCCGCACAUAUCAACACAUGCCUUAACGGCGCCCUCGGCAUGGUCAUGGAGUGGAGCAACUCCCGCGAGCUGCUGGCCGUCGCCGGAACCCUUCGCACCGGACUGGAUGGCAGCAAGCCAGAGGACAUGGCCACGCCCAGCAGCUACACGAAUCUGGUCAAGUUCUAUACGGAGACGGGCACGUGCCUGUAUCAGGCACACAUUCCCUGCACCAGUGCCACCGUUUCGGCCAUCACCUGGGGCCACAACGACAAGCGGCUGUUCAUCGCCACGGGGACGCAGGUUCACAUCGCCUGGGUCUCCAGGCGGGUGGCCUCCCUGCAGCUCCUCUGCCGGCUGGAGAUCCAGGCGAGCGUCGGAUCCGAGUCGCUGCUGCCACUGCUGCCGUUGCCUUCUAGGAUUAAGUCUCUCAUUGGCAAUCUGUUUGCUCAAACGAUAAGAUGCUGUGUACCUGACCUAAAGUCGCUCCGUGAUUUUGUUUCGCGACCACCGCUCUGCUCCACCCGGCUGCACUGCACCAUGAUCCGGCACGACGACGACUCCAACCUGAGCUCCGGCACAUGCUACACGCUCUAUCUGGAGUACCUGGGCGGACUGGUACCACUGCUCAAGGGCAAACGCACCUCCAAGAUUCGUCCCGAGUUCGUUAUCUUCGAUCCCCAGGUUAAUGAUGCCCCCUUGUACUUUCAAUACUCCGCCGAGGCAAAGAGCUCGUCGGGCUCCAGCCAGUCCACCACCACGGGCAACAGUGGACGCACUGACUCCUCGGACAGUGACUACGAGGAGAGAUCUCGCUUUGGCUCGCCGCGAACUCCUCGCAAGAAGCGAGUGCGACCCAAGAGACGCCACCAAGCGGGCGAUCGGUUGAGUAGUUCCGGCGGCGGAGGAGCCAACGAUCCCGAUAGCCUGGAUGAACUGGCAUAUGUGGACACACUGCCGGAGCAGGAAGUCAAGCUGGUGGAGGUGACAUCCAACAUAUGGGGAACCAAGUUCAAGAUCCAUGGACUUGCCAAAACCGUCCCAGCCAACUUAGGCCAAGUAACUUAUAAGACGUCCCUACUGCAUUUGCAGCCGCGCCAAAUGACGCUGGUCAUCACCGAGCUGCGCGACGAUUUUCCACCUGGUCCCGAUCCCAGCUUCAAUCCGAACAUAUUCUCCGAGGACGAGGACGAGCAUCACCAGCACCACCAGGGCAAUCACCACGAUGCAGUGCCGCUGGUCAAUGUGAUCACCGCUCAGGAUGGGGCUUCCCUGAAGCCUCCGAUAAUACCGCAGCGUCGCCUCACCGAUGGCGCGUCUGCUCCCUUGAUAGCACCCAUGUCUCCACGUCCAAAUCGAAUCCUGGCACGGCACAAGAACUCCUUGACUGUGAAUGGCGUAGAAAGGGGGUCCGGCUCUUCGGCGGGUUUAAGUCCUCUGGCGCGAGCCGAGAGCUACGAUGAUGAUUCAUCCAAUGAAUCGCAGGAGGCGGGAGCUGCUGCCUGCCAGUCCACCACUGUCCUGCUGCACCAGGCUCCCUCGAAUGGUUCGUGUUCGGGGCCCAGCAGCAGUAAAACCAUUACACGGCCCAAGACCAUCAGCAGUUUUAAGAACAGCUACAGCCGCUCCAGCUCAAAUUCCAGCUGCCAGUCGCGUCAUGCCAUCUCGCCGUUGUACUGCGAUGGAGCAGUGCCCACGCUGCAGAGUCCCAAGAAUGCAGUGGCUCCCUCGGACAUCAUCUUCGAGCGUCCGGCUGUGCCCGCCGCUGGGCAGACCACCCUGAUGUCUUACUCGAGCAAUGCGGACUAUGCCAACAAUGUGGUCCAGGUGAAGAAUGCCCUGAUGUCGGAGCCAGUGCGCUCGGCCAACAGUCAUGUCAAUCCGGUGCCGCUGAAUCUCAACCUGAAUCUGGAGCGCAUGGAUGCGCGGGUAAAGUGCAUGGCACCCACCACAUCCUCCACGGCCAAGCGUCGUGAAAUGCUGUACAUCGAUGAGGAGACGCAGUCGCCAGCGCCCACGCCGUGCAGCAGCAGCAUGAAGCGCACUCCAACGGUGGUGUCGAUAGCUCCGGCCUUGCCCGACUCCAUCACACGCAGUUGCAGCGUGGGCUAUCUGGAUUCGGUGGCCAUCACGCCCUCCGACGAGGCACUGUCUGCCCUGCGCAAAGAUGCCCCCAACAAGCGCCUGAUACUGGUGGACAAGCGCAGGAACCGCAGGAAACGGCAGCAGCAGGAGGAUGCGCGGCGGCACAAACUGCAGCAGACUGGGAAAUCCAAGAGUCUGGACUCCUGUGACCUGCUGUCCUUGCAGACAAAGCUGUCCAGCAAGGAGCACGAACAGGUGGUGCGCAAGCUGCAGGAGAUCUCCGACAGCAGCGCCUGCAGCAGUGCGGCCAACACACUGUGCUUCAAGUGCCGCAACAACAUGAAUCCCAGCAGUGCCUGCAAGCGAUGCCAGCCCUCGGCGGUUCCCGUUCUGGAUGAGAUUACGUCUGUAGUAGCCACGUCCACGGUGGAUCCGGCCAAGGAGUCUCCGGUGGCCAGCGUGCAGGCCAAGCCAGUGCCCAAGAAACGCUUCGAUGUCAUUACCAGCUUCACGGACUCGCCACUCUUUACGAGAAAGCAUCGCUUUGGAAUCGGACGCAGCAAGGAGACGGCUGGCACCGAAAACUCCACUCCGCUGCUGGGGAGGAAGCAGGACAAUGGAUUUAGCUUUGUAAAGCAGCUGUCCGAGGUUCGCUGGAGGCGCAAAGAACAGCCAACCCAGUCGCAAGUGAACGGCUCCAGUAACGCCAGCACUUUGGAGAGGCAACAGCAGCCAGAGAUUACGGGAGCAGCUUGUGGCACUGUGGAGGCCACACCAGUGGAGGCCAAGGCAUCAGUUUCUCUGCACACUCAGGCCCUUACCACCUUGGAGAACAUAAUAAGCCGUCUUCGUGACCUCGACGAGGGUCGCCUGACGCCUCCAUCCACCCCACAGCGACUGCCACGUAGUUCUCCAGCGUCGCCGGCUGCCAGCAAAAAGAACAAGCGGCAGCAGAGCAACUCCCCCAUUCGCCACAUUUUGAAUUCACCGCUUUUGAACCGCCGUCAGCGCAAGAAGCAGAGUAUAAUCGAGAGCUCUGAUGAUGAGGGCAACCAGACCAAUGGCUCUGGCGAGGAGAGCAACAACGCCGGCAACAGCAAGCAGUAUCGCGACCUGGAGACCUUCCAAAAGGCCCAACUGCGUCAAAAGCUGAAGCGUGGCAAAAUCGAACCAAAUGGCAGUGCCAGCUGCGCCAAUCCGGCGCCAGUGCGCCGUGAGUUUGUGAUGCACAAUAAGGCGCCCAUGUGGAAUGAGAUGAGCCAGGUGUACCAGCUGGACUUUGGUGGUCGCGUUACUCAAGAGUCGGCCAAGAACUUUCAAAUCGAGUUUCGAGGCAAGCAGGUUAUGCAAUUCGGACGCAUUGAUGGCAACGCUUACACAUUGGAUUUCCAGUAUCCUUUCUCCGCCCUCCAGGCCUUUGCCGUGGCCCUGGCCAAUGUGACCCAGCGACUUAAGUAAUCGGGGAUCGAGGGAUCAGAUUUCGUGUCGCAUCGCAUCUUCGACGUGCAUGGCUCCUCAAAAAUGUCGCCAGCUGAAUGCAGCAAUUGCUUUUUUGGCCUACGCUAUAUAUAUUUUUUAUACCAGAUACGGUGGG